AUGGGGGUAUACGAGAAAUCGCUGAUCUUCGGUCACACGAACAACUCUAUGGACGUAACACGCAAUUACCCGCUCAUCAGCGGGGAGCGCUUCCGCUUCUCUGCGGAUGUUAAUGCCAAUAAUCCCGACGAACAUGCGCGCACGGAUCCAUUCGUUGCGCGUAUUGAUCUUCUAGGCGAGGAUCAUCAGGAGACGGAGGGUCACGGAUACAAGAAUCCAGGCUUUUGGGUUGGCCACCUGCAUCGAUAUUAUCCGACCAACAUGACAGCACUGGAUGCAUUUACCUUAUUGGUAGUAAAGAAAGGUACUAGCCACCGGUUCUUGAUCAAGAGCUCUGACGCUCCGAGAUCCUUAAGCAUCGUUUAA